AUGAUUAAUAUAACCCUAAGUGGGAACAGUCAGCUAGGACACCCAUUGUUGUAUGUUAUGCUGAUUGUGAUGAUUUCAACUGCUAUCGCUCAAGUCAAGUAAGUCAUGUUGUGCUUUACUGUCACUCAUCUCUUUCUAUUCUACUAAUUGAAGGGUAGUGUAAUUGAGUGUAAGGCCCCAGGUGACCCCUGAUCUAAUGCAGGGUUCUCUGGAAGCUCCAGUAACGGGCAGAGAUUGCUGUCUAAUUGCCAUGAAUGUGCUGGCUACUCACAGAAAACACUUACUGUAAAUCCUCUAUUAAGCCCCCAGGGGACUUAUCUUUUUCAAGCACUUUUGAGGGGGGCAUAUUUAAUUUAGCUAAAUGCAUCAACAGGAGCAAGGUUUCUCGAAGAUGGACCUGUGGUUCCUGGGCGUUAUACUGCUUUUUAAGAAAAGUUAAAUGGUAACAAUUCUCCACAGAGAACUAGAGCAUAAAGUUGAAAAAGUUAAGCACAUGAAGUUGGAGGUCGUGCGGCUGAAGACCAAAAACAAUAUGAAUUUCCAGCCUCAAUAAACCAUAGCUGAUCAGUCCAAGUUAAUUUUUUGUGAAGAAUAAGGAUGGAGAAGAGGGGGGGGGGGGGGGGGAAAAAGCAGGGGGGGGGGUCUUGCGUCUUUGCUCCCCAGAAGGGGGGGGGGUUUUAGGGGGGGGGGUUUUAAAGGGGUUUUGAGUGUUUUUUUUAUCUCCCUAUUUUGUUUAGAAAAGAAAUUAACAAAAUAAAGAUGUACUUGAUGGCUGUUUCAAGGAGUUUGUUUACUAAGGGGGGGGGGGGGGGGGGGGGGGGGGGGGGGGCUUAAUAGAGAGAGGGGUGCUUAUUAACUUUCCUCCUCUGAAAAGGGGGUCUUAAAUAGAGGAUUUAUGGUAUUUUUUCAUCCUACUUUUUGCUCAAAAAAGUAAAUCCAAGUAAAUAAACUUGUUUCUGUCCUCCAUCUCCCUGAUUGCUCAAAAUGGACUAAAAGUGAAUAUUUUUCAGGACCCUGGAAUCACAAUUUCCUCUUGGGAAGCCCCCUAAACUCCCCUAAUCAAAGAGGGGUACCCCCUUCCCAUACCUCCCCCCUCAUGUCAGUGGGUGCACUGCUAGUACUGUGCAUUUUGAUCUACCUACUUAAUUGUUUCUCUUUCUACUUCAAAUUUUCUGGAGAACCCAAAAUUCAACUUCAUCUUUUAUCACAAGGCAAGUUGGAAGGUGAAUCCAUCAGUUUAUCAUGUGAGGCUUUAUUCUAGGCUCUCCUACUAUUAACCCAUUAAGCCCUAAUAUUCACAUACAAGUUCUCCAAACUGAUCUCCAUACAUUUCCUUUAAGAAUUAGUUGAGAGAAUUUGAUAAAAGAUCAAAGAUUUUUCUCUUUGAGAUCAUUUUAUGAAUUCUCGUAGACUUUGCUCUUGAAAAUCUAUGGAUAUCGUUACGAGAAAAUUGAUUUUGGACACUAUUGGGGCGUAGAGGGUUAACACCAAAAUUGCAUUUAAUACCUACAGUACAUCCCGUUCAAAGUAAAAUAUUCAUGAGUUAUAAUUGGCAGAAGUGUACUUAAGCUAAUGAAUUGAAAUUUUACAUAAUGUGCAUGUAGCUUUCUGAUUUGUGGUUAGUCAGAUGGAUCUUUUGUUCUCAUUAAUAGGGGAUUUUAUUUUUUUCCCUUUUUCUCCAGAUUUUUGAACCGAGCCAUGCAGUCCUUUGAUGCUACUGUUGUUGUUCCCACAAAUUUUGUUUUGUUUACAAUUAGUGCUAUAAUAAGUGGUAAGCCUUUUUUUAAAUCAAUAUUUAUCCAGGGGCAUCCAAUUAAGCAGAACUAGUUUAAAUGGAGCCCUGACACAACACAAAAACAAAAACAUUAAAACAUUAAAACUAGACGAUUAAGUUACAAAGGCAACAUGUACCACAGGCAUUACUGUUUAACAUGGCACUUAACCUUUAUUUUGAAUUCGCUGAGCUUCUCAACCUGUCUAAUGAUUCUCGGUAGGAUGUGGUAGGUCUGAGCACCGUUUAUUCUGAAGCGACUUGAAGUUAAGAAAUGAGAGAUGUAUACGUGUUGUUAGGAAUUCACCAUCUUGACUUUAAGAAUCCUUGAAUGCCAGGACUGCUUGGGAAAUCCUUUUCUUAAGUCCUGAAUUUCUUAUAGAAUAUGAUGUAGCAAGCAAGAAAUGAAUGUGGUUAAUGAUAAUGAAUUCAUGAAUAAAGUCUAUAGCGAUACCCUUGACCUGACAUGACUGUAAUAUUAAUUCUUAGAUUAAUAAAGAAUCAAAUAAAGAUAUGUUUUCUUAAUUUUAGGUAUUGUUUUAUAUAAAGAAUUUUAUGGGCUUACAUUCUUGGAAAUAUUUAUGUUUCUGUUUGGGUGAGUAUCUUUUGUCUUUGUUACCAGUUAGUUAUGUUGAUGUUGAUGUCCAAAUAAUGACCCAAGAAGGGGCUGUGUCCGGGCAGUCUUGUUCAUUUUGACUAUACGUAUCUUUAUGCGUUAAGGAACAUAAUGCCAGCAAAGAAAUUACUUGUAAAUGACAAAAUUACAGCUUCCUGUUCAACCAAUAAGCCUUCUAAGCGUUAUAUCAAAAGUUACAAACAACGAAAGUGAUUUUUGAAAACUGUCAGGCUAACAAUUUCAAAACUCUUAACUGCAAUUUGUUUGAAUCUUCUUCAACUUUGUCCAUCUAUUACCGUUGUUAUUUAGGCCUUUCUUUUAGCGUAGUAUAGGGUGGGAAACUUUAGCUGCACUAGCUCUGGUAUAGGGUAAGGUUUCCAGGGUCCUUGCAGCAAAUCCCCACCCAAAAAUUCCUAAAGUACCCCCCCGAAUCGUAAUACCAUAGAAUUUCACACAUAGUCAGUGCGACAAUAAAUCUUUCCACAGCUUGUCUAGAGUGAAAGUAUAGACAAUUAUAAUUUAUAAUUUUGAAACAUUGAUUUUCCUUUACAGAUGUGUAUUGUCAUUUAUUGGAGUGUAUUGCAUUACAUCUGAAAGAAAACAGGAGGAAUCAGAAGAGCAGUUGCUCCUCACAAAGGCCGACCUGUUUCCUGGUAUGUUUGCAUUGGGUUGGGUAAACUGAGAUGAACUAUCUUUUCUUUGUGCCUUUAAAGGCCGAUUUACAAGGUACAACUCUUUCGUAUGCACUUACGGUAAGAUUACGACAAGAAUUUCAUUGUCCCCUUUCGACUUCUGCAGAACAAUUCAUUGUACCUCUUUAAAAACCUUUUUAAAAACUCUGCCCUCAAAGCACAAUACAUAUGCUUUAUUUACCACGCGUCAGGUCAAGAUGGCGGUAUACUGGCCAGGUUCUUUUUUGGCGUGAGACGAAGUUGAGGUCAUUAAAAACGUACAACAGAACGAGGCCAGUAUCCAGCCAUCUUGAACGAACAAACUUGGUCAAUAAAGAAUUUAUUAUGCGGCGAAAAAGAUAAUUUUUUUCUUGCGGGACCAAGGCGGGAAAUCCCGAGCGGGCAAGAUAGUCCCAUCUUGCCUGCUCGGGUAGCCAAUCAGAAACCAGGAUUCGCGGAUUCAGCCAUGUAAUAAAUUUGUCUUAUCAACCAACUGUGAGGUCAGGAUAUCUCGACUGUGUUGGCCAAGGUCCAUAAAAACGCCAAAAAAAAAAAAAAGAAGAAGAAGAAGAAUGAUCCCAGAAGAAACCAUUUUUGCUCACUUGUCGAUCCGCGAUUGAAUGAGAGGUUAUUUUUCUUGUCAGGAUUCUUAUCCUUGUCGUCAUCAAAGCUUAUUGCAGUUCAGCCAAGCAAUAUGUUGACGGCAUCUCAUGUUGAGUAUCCCAUGCUGCCUGGCAAGCCUACAUAUGAAUCAACCGCUGACACACAGCAGUCUCAGGGAGAAACGUAG